GCCAACGUCCGUACACACGAGCUAGCUGCUGCUUCUGAUGCGGCGUGCAUUCGGUGCAGUGCAGUUCUCGUAUUAUGAUUUUUUACGGCGACGGUGACGUUUGUUUAUUUACGAGUGCGUCAGUCGUGGUGGGACCGUGUCCGAGCGCGAUGAAUUAUUGGCCCUCGAGGCACGGCGCGUCCAGCCCGCUCUAGCUCGCUUCUACUCAACGAAUCGUCUUUGAAAACGAUCUUGACUGCUGCCUCUCGUCGAUCGCGAUUCGGCGUCUCGAUCCUUCGACGCUCGCUGCACCGCUCGAGUCGAUUGUCGUUGCAACUUAUACUGCGAGUGCUUGUAGAGCUGUGCGACGUUAGUAUCGAACGAUAUUACAAAAAGUGAAAGAUUCGGAUUAACGAUUCGAUUGUGUCGUGGGUGCAUGUGUCAGUGCAUGUGUAGGAGAAAACACACACUUUAUCGUAGUGCUAGAAAGCCGCUGCGCGCAUCUUCUGCGUAUAUGUGUGUGCGUUACAAACACGUACGAUAGAACGACGACGCUUGACCGUGUCUCUCUCGCUCGUGUGUGCUCGCGUGUGUAUAUAUCUUUGUGUGCGUCCGCGUGCGCGCUUGUGUCUGUGUGUGGGAAUAAACCGGUUCUUCGGAGAGUUCCUACAUCGCUCUGUGCAGCCGCGCGCUGCGCAUAUUCGCUUCGAACGAAAAUUUUGGUUCUUCGUACCGAGUAUCUUUUCGUGCCUACACAUUAAUCUAAAUAUACAUAAGCGGCAGGCAAACUCUUACUUUUGCUCUCGUACGAGGAAAAGAAAGAGCGAAAAGGAGAAAAAAACGAGAGACAAUAAGAGAACGUCGGUAAUUAGCCCGAGAGACGACAUAUCAUGAUGGGAGUACUGAGAUGGAGGCAUGACCUCAGGUCGGAAGCCAGCCAGCAACAACGGAGUAGCGGCAGCGCGCCGAGCAACGCCAGCUCCAGCGCCGCUGCCGCCGCCACUGCUGCUGGCUCUGCCUCCACUAAUAAUCAUAAUAAUGCUCUGCCAAAGUUGCUCUCUCAGGUGAGAAAAAAAUAUAUCUUACCGACUAUGAUCAAUGGCCUAGACACAAAGGUGAGCUCACGUGAUUCGACCAUAGUCACGCGUUCGAAAGCAACUAGCAACGUGAGCGCCAACAAAAGUUCCAAUGUCAUUCCACUCGCAUACGCAACGUCUCGGGACGAGCGCAACAGCAUUCCUGGCUCUCAGCAGCAAACGCAGCCAUCGACGUGCACACCGACGCCGGUGCCGUCGCCGAUCGGUGAGUCACCGGUGGGCCGUGCCCUGAUGGACGCGGCCCUGCAGCAGUCCCUGGCGACGUCGCAGCCACCGCCGAUGGUCGUCACACCGGCCGGCUACUGGACCGAUGGCACCGAACACGCGCACAACGUCGACGCCUCCGGCAGAGUCCAGUUGCCCUACCCCACUUGGCAGCCGACCAUCGACCAGGACGACACGGCCAAGUGCUACAGGAGGUUCUUCGUUGGCAGGGAACACAUGAAUCUGGUGGGACGCGACUCGGAGAACGGACCGGUGCUGGUGUCGAUAAAGGCCGAGAGCGUCGCCGGACAGGAGCAUUGGCGGGUGCUGCUGCGCCUCCGCGCCGGCACGUCGCACGAGCUGGUGCCAGCUGCCACCUUGGGGCCCAAUCCGUCGCCCGUCAAGAUGGUCAAGGCCGUGAACGACACCCUGAACGUGGCGUCGCUGAUGCCGGUGGCCUGCUCGGGCGCCGGCACCCUCAUAGCGCGCUACGACGAGCACGCCCUGGUUUCGCGCUUCAAGUUCGGCGUGCUUCAUCAGCGAGCGCGCCAAGUGACCGAGGAGCAGCUCUUUGGAAACCGCCAGAUCACUCCGGCCUUCCAGGAGUUCCUCGACCUGCUGGGCCAGCGCAUCGACCUCAAGGAUCACAAGGGAUAUCGCGGCGGCCUGGACACCCGUCACGGACAGACCGGCGACACGGCGGUCUACGAGGUCUUCCGCGGCCGAGAGGUCCUCUUUCACGUGGCCUCGCUGCUGCCCUACAGCCCCGGCGACGCCCAGCAGCUGCAGCGCAAGCGACACAUCGGCAACGACAUCGUCGCCGUCAUAUUCCAGGAGGAGGCGACGCCCUUCAGCCCCGACAUGAUAGCCAGCCACUUUUUGCACGCCUUCAUCGUUGUCCAGCCGAUCGAUCCUUGUACGCCGAACACAAGGUACAAGGUGAGCAUCACAGCUCGAGACGACGUGCCAUGGUUCGGACCGCAGUUGCCGACACCGUCGGUCUUCAUGAGAGGCGUCGAGUUCAAAGAGUUUCUCCUGACAAAGCUGGUGAAUGCCGAGAACGCCGCUUACAAGGCCGAGAAGUUCUCCAAAUUGGAGCUGCGAACGCGAUCGGCGCUCCUGGAGUCCUUGAGCGAGGAGCUGCAGCAGAAGACCAACGAGUUUCUCGGUGUCAACAGUAUUCAACAGACGAACAACGUUGCCGUUCCGGUCAGUCCGACGACCAGCGACGUCUCGGCCUCGGGCUCGAGCGGCUCGCGCUUCAUCGACACGGUGCGCAAGGCCCUCAUAUCCCGGGUGCGCAACGCCUCGACCGAGAGCGUACCCCAGCAGUUGUCCAAGAAGAGUCAGCCACUGGAACCGAGCCCACCGAGCAAUCGACAAUCUACCGGCGGUAAAUUGAGCAAAAGAAAUACGGCCAGUAACAAUGUUGAGCCGAGCAGUCCGCUGGGGUCACCGGAACUCACGAUUAGAAGGGAUUCCGACCGUAAUAGUCCAAGCUUGGGCAGUCAAGACAGCAGCCUAUCGAAUACCGACAAUCAAGACAGCAGCAGCCUGACUACCGUCCACCAAGACAUCGGCGAGGUCGAUAAGCGUGAAACGGCUUCGCUAAACGGCGCCGACUGCAGUAACAGCAGCAGCACUCAGUCAACCAUGAUAAUGGACAAGUCGAGACUGUUGAUAAGCCACGAUAUCAACUAUCAUCACCACCAUCAUCGUCGUCAGCGUCAAUCACAACUGCAGUUGCAGCAGGACCCGAGCCAGCAGCAACAGCAACAACAGCGAGUCAUAUCCGAGAGCGAUGACAGCUCGCUCAACAGCGAGCUAGAACUCGACCAAGUUGCGUAUCCUGACAGCGACACGGGUCUAGAGAGCAUAAGUUCGGCCGAUACGACACAUCAUCACGAGAGCAAGAGCAAAGAGGCUGGUUUAGCCGUAAGCAGUACGGCUACUUGCGUCGAGGCCGAGAAUCUCAGACAGGAAGUUACAAGACUCAAAUGUGACAAGCUGGACUUGUUGAGACAGAAUGUGUCGUGUCAACGAGACAUAAAGCGUCUGCGAGAGAAGGAGCUGCAGCUGCAGUCGGAUCUGGCCGAUGCCACGAAAGAAAUUUUACGACUAAGAGCUAUGCUUAAGGAUUGCGGAAGUAUAACACAUGACAACAAUAAUCAGCAGUCCUCGACGGUAUGAGAAAAGGAACUAUGGGUUGCUCUUCCUGCCUCGGACGAGCAGCCUUGAUGAUUAUUAUUUACGUAUAAGAAAAAAAUAAGACAUCUAUAUCUAUUGUUAUCCGUACGUAGAAGAGAAUCGUUCGAAAACUCUGUCUUCUGAAUAUUAAACACUUCGCCACGAUAUUCGAUUUGCGGAAUCGAAAUGCGAAAAUUUUCUGUGACUGUGAGAGUAUACAUACACACGCAUAUAUAUGUAUAGAACCUAUUAUAUAUACUACGUGUAGCCGAACUUGAACGAGCAAGUUGUAUUUGGAAAGUAUUGUGUAUAGAUGAUGAUAAUAUUUAUAUUGUUAAUAAGUUUAUCCCUCUUUUCUUGUAGUCAAUGUAUAGAAAAGCAAAAGAAAGGAAGAUAACACAAAAUCUAAGUUAACGUAGAAUAACGAGAAAAACGGUUUUGAGAGUUUUUUAGAUAUUACAAGAAAAAAGAGCACGAUAAUAUUCUUAUGUAUGUUAAGUAGCUAGUUAAACAUGCACGUACACGACUCAGUUUCUUAGCAGGUAUAACUAAUCGUAAGAUUAUUUAUGCGCUACUGCUUAUUUAGCGUUUUUCUUUCUAUUUUAAUUUUCAUAUAUACUGUCUAAGAUAAUCAUCAUUUUUUAUAAGUAUUAGUACAAUUGUGUUACCUAACUUACUUUUGCUAUUUUAUUAUUAACUUUUUUGAUCAUUCGCGCAGCGUACAGAUUUAUGUAAGACAUGCGAUUUUAGGCAGGAUCUAUUAUAUUUAAUAACAUAAUAUAUGCAUGUAAAACAAUCGUUACGUGAAAAAAGAACUAAAAAUUUCAUCUCAAUGUAAUAUGCAUGUGUGUUGUUACAUGGUAUAAAAACUAAUCGUGAUGUAUAGAGCACUGCAUAUUAUGCAAUUAGUAUUUCUUAGCGCGUGUCGCUAAUAUUGGCUUUACCAAAUUUCUUAGUUCAUAAGUUCUAUGAAGAUAGUUAUUGUAGAAAUAUGUGUCUUAGAGAGAGAAAAAUAUUGUUCUAUCAGUCAUUAUUGUGAAAUUUGUUUUUAAAAAAUUUUUAGGUCGCUAAUUUACGAUAUUAAUAUAUAUUUUUAGUAAAGUUCAUUUUUAAACAUCAAGCAUUAUUAGUUUAAGUAUUCUUGCUUGAAUAUUUUUCUACACUCAUAAUCACUUUUUGUCACACUCCAUUAACUUUCGUUCAUUAUUCUAUAUUGCUAUGCAUUUUAAUCGAUCUUUAAAAUUUUUUUAAAAUGCUAAAUAGUAUUUUCUACCUGUAGAAAUAUUUAAUAAAAUAUAUUUGUACAUAAAUUUCUAACGUGUAGUCGAACACCAAACCGAAUUCAUCGCGAACUAACUCACGCAUAACAAAUACCAAAGUUUAUUUCAUUAGGAAAUGUUGCUCUUUAAUUUCUACAUUCCCAACUUGUCUUGAGACUUGAGUGCUAUUCUAAUGCUAAAAAAAACUCGGUGCACAAGCAGUUAGCGCACAAUUGUUGUGAGAAAAAACAAAUGCUGUAAACAAGUUCAUCAAAAAGGAUACAAGUACAAGUUGUACAUUAUUUGACAUUUUAAUUUAAAAAAAUUUAAAUAGAGCUAUGACAAUGACAAAAAAACGAAUGAUGAAUGAAAAUACACAACUUUUUCUAUGUCCACCACUGCCUAUGCAUUGUAAAAUUUUAUGCAAAAACUUUAUUACAACACUACAUAAUAUAUUUUGUAUGGAUUUACAGAUAUAUAAUUGACAUUUCUGACAAACUGGACGUUCAUUUAUUCUCGUGAUUUUUGGAAAAUUAAGAAUUUAUGUGUGAAAACUUGUGCGCGUGAUGUUCUUGAGAAAUAAACUAUUUUUCUGUCUCAAAAAUGCCAAUUAUUAAAAAGACUCGAAAAAACAAAGUAACCGAUUAUUUUUUUAACAGAAUAACGGAAUAAGUGUAAAUAGCAAAAUGCAAAGGUGAGAUGUUGAAAAUGGAACAAAAUUGAGCACGCUUUGCUAUGUUAAACGUCUUGUGCCACAUAUCGCCGAGGUCUUAAUCGUUAUUUAUUGAGAAAUAAUGUAAACAGAAAAAAUUAAACAAUAGAUGGUCUAUGAUGAAUGUAUAUAGUAGGUUAUAAACUGACCACUCCUAGUGUGAUUUCUACUUUGGCCUUGAAAAAUUGAUGAUGGAAGUAUAAAAAUUGAAAAAUCUAUUUCGAUGUUGCAAAAAAAUUUCAAAUUUGUGGAGAUAAAAAGAUUAUGAAUACUGUGUAUUAUUGAUAAAGCAGAUUAUUGUGACUAUAUGAAUUAACUUAUAUAAUAUAUAUAAAUAUAUAUUUUAUAUUAACAAAAAUACAUAUAUGUACAAAAUUAUGAAAUUCAAACGAUUGAAUGACCGUUACGCCAUUUCCCACACUCUCUAUGAGCAACAAAAAAAUGAAACAACUCAAAAUCGGCAUACAUGUAAUAUCAGUAAUUUGAAUGUUAACAAGUCUGGCAUAAAUGUUCAUACUCUUUGUUCUUAGUUCAAUGCACGACUACUCUAUGGCGAAAAAAAUAAGUAAUAAAGUUCGUCUAUAAAGAA